UCACAGGCUUUUUUCAUGUUACCCUUUGUAUACAGUUUAAGUUUAAAAUGAGCAUAUACAGUGAUAUUAAAAAAGUAACACAGAUACCUUUCACAAAUGAGAAUUCAUCAUUUAUAAGGCAUAGAGAAUGUAGUAUGCCUGUACGAAAUCGAAAAGUAAAUAAGCAAAAACCUCCACUAAAUGCAAAUUUAUACAAUGAAGAUGACAAUGAGAAUGACGAUGAUGAUCAACAAAAGUCCAAAGGUAUACCACAAGAACUACAUGAAAAUGAGAUUGCAUCGUCUAUUAAAGAGGCCAAUUGUGGUAUCAAUUAUUCAAAUGAAAAUCUUGAGGAACAUUGGAAGGCUAGACAAGUGGGAGCUAGUUUAAGCACUUUUGAUAAAACUAAUUCUAACUGUACAAAUUCAUGCGAUGAAACAGAAAAUAUUGAAGAUGAGGAAUUAGUUUUAAAGAAAUGUAAACUUAAUAAAAAUGCAGCAAUCAGGGGACUCUUAAGAAAUCAUCAAAUCUCAUUGCAUGAUUUACACAUACCCAGUAAUUCUGUAGAUGUAGAACGUGAAAGUGGGACAAAUUUACAGAAUGAAAACAUUCCUUCACCAAACAAAUUAGCUGAAGGGAUCUAUAACAUGAAACUAGUUCAGUACCCGGAAGAUCCAGAAGUUUUUGUUCAACCUAUACAUGCAUAUGGUAAACUAAAUGAAAACGAAUAUAAAGACAUUGAUUUUUCUGUACCACAUAUAGGCAAAAAAUUAGUGGUUACACCACGACAGUUUUAUGUUAACAUGGAUGACUCGGGAUUUGAUUUUGUGAAAAAAGAUGUAAAAAGGAAAAAAUUAUCCAUUUGAAUAAAUAUAAAAUUAGAAUUUUAUUUAUAGUUAACAUAUUCACUAUCACUGUUCAUUUGAACAACCAUC